CUCCCUGCAGGGCACCGCCCGGGCAUGGGUCCGAGCCCCGCGGAACCGCUGAGCCUGUCACCCGGCGCGGGGCAAGCCCUGGGGCGGCCCUGCCCGGCGCUCUCUGCCUGCCAGGCCGCUACAGCCCAGGGUCCGAGUCCCCCGCCGCCCCGGGACCGCUCCAGGCUCCCCAGAGAGCCGGGCCGGGGCCUCGGACCCCCUCGCCCAGGGGUGGCGGCGGGACCCUGCAGGGCCCGGGCCCGCUCUGCCCAUGGCCCGGUGCUGGCGGUGCCGUCGGCGCGGGGAGCUGAGCUCCCGCCUGUGUUUGCAGCGAAGUGGAGCCGCCGAGGCGGGCCGCUGGAGGUGAUGGACUAUACCUAUGAUGAGGACCUGGAUGAGCUGUGUCCUGUCUGCGGGGACAAGGUCUCCGGGUACCACUACGGGCUGCUCACCUGUGAAAGCUGCAAGGGCUUUUUCAAGCGGACCGUGCAGAAUAACAAGCACUACACCUGCACCGAAAGCCAGAACUGCAAAAUCGACAAAACCCAGAGGAAGAGAUGUCCGUACUGUCGCUUUCAGAAGUGCUUGACGGUGGGAAUGAGACUAGAAGCUGUGCGAGCGGACCGGAUGCGAGGAGGAAGAAAUAAAUUCGGCCCCAUGUACAAGCGAGAUCGUGCCUUAAAACAGCAGAAGAAAGCUCUGAUACGUGCCAACGGCUUUAAGCUGGAGACUGUGCCUCAGAUCGUGUCGCCAGUGCAAACUGACUACAACCUGUCCUCCACCAUCCACGGCAUCCACUCGGUGUCCAAGAGCCUGCCUCCCAACCCGGCCACUAUGACACCAGUCGACUAUGACAGAAGUCCGUAUGGGACGCCGUCCUUGGGAAUGACUGUGCCUAGCCACGGGGCGCUGUCCAGCUACCAUUACCCCUCCUUUCCCAACCGCACCAUCAAGUCAGAGUACCCCGACCACUACACAAAUUCCCACGAGUCUGUGGCCAGCUACAUGUAUCCAGAUGCCUAUCCCAACAGCGCCCCACCCGACAUCCCUGAGGUCAUUCUCAAGCUGCUGCAGCUGGAGCCCGACGAGCCCCAGGUCAAGGUGCGGAUACUGGCUUGUCUGCAACAGGAGCAGGGCAAAGGCCGGCAUGAGAAACUCAGCACCUUUGGCCUCAUGUGCAAGAUGGCAGACCAGACCCUCUUCUCCAUUGUGGAGUGGGCACGGAGCUGCAUCUUCUUUAAGGAGCUGGAGGUAGGUGAUCAGAUGAAACUGCUGCAGAACUGCUGGAGUGAGCUGCUGGUGUUUGACCAUAUCUACAGGCAGGUGCAGCACGGGAAGGAGCACAGCAUGCUGCUUGUGACGGGCCAGGAGGUGGAGAUGGCGACAAUCGCAGCUCAAGCAGGGUCCAACCUGAAUAACCUGGUCCUGAGGGCACAAGAACUGGUCCUACACUUGCAUUCGCUCCAGGUGGAUCGACAAGAGUUUGUGUGUUUGAAGUUCCUGAUACUCUUCAGUCUCGAUGUGAAAUAUUUGGAAAACCACAGCCUGGCGAAGGAUGCUCAGGAGAAAGCCAACGCAGCUCUGUUGGAGUACACCAUCUGCCACUACCCUCACGCCGCGGACAAGUUCCGUCAGCUCCUGCUGUGGCUGGCUGAGAUCCGCUCCCUCAGCAUGCAGGCCGAGGAGUACCUCUACCACAAGCACCUGAGCGGGGAGGUGCCUUGCAACAACCUGCUCAUUGAAAUGCUGCACGCCAAGCGGACUUGAGUGCGGCUCGUCCCGACAAGAGACUCGUAACGGAGCUUCUCAGAGAUGUUCCCUGCUGGGAGCAUGCAAGAGAGGCAGAAGGAAGCUGGGGGGGCUGGCCUAGCAGCACUGCUGUCCAUCGCCGCCUCGCCCGGUGAUUAUAUUUAACCAGUACUAUUGGAAAGUUUCAGAUGAUUUAUUUUAAUAUACAGUAACUAUGGUUUAACAGCGCUAAGAUGAAUAUGUUCCAUUCUGUGUGGACUGCCCUUCUGGGAGCAUUGCCUGUCCUACAUUUGGCUUUCCCUUUCUACAUAGCAUCGAUUUGGCUUAACACAAAUUCCAGGGUGUGGAGGAUUAAACCUUAGAAAUGGCUUUUCUCUUAUUUAUGUUCAUUUUGACUCAUUUUUCCUCAGCAGCUGUCUGCCCUAACCCUGCCCCCUCACCUUCUGCCCACAAACAUCUCAGGACCCCACUUGCAAAGGGGGGAGAGAGAGGUAAAAAGGUACCUUGCUGGUUUUACCCUUCCGACAGGCCAGGGCUUCUCCAGAUGAUGCUCUGUGGUUGUCGCCACCUCCCUGGAGGUGAAACACUUUGUGGAGCUAGAAAUGGGGCUGCAGGGGUUGGCCAGGGAGACUGCCUUGUGGGAUAGUUUGCAGAAUGGAGAUGCUAGAGACCCCUGGAAUGGACAUAGACUGGGACAUGGUACUGGGGAAAAUGCAACCAUCUACAUAUUCCUGAAUCCAGCCAUUAGAUCCAUACUGCUCCUGCCCUGUGUCCCAGGGGAGCCUGGGGUUUUGUGCCCCCGAGCCCAGGAAAGCUGUUAGAGUCCCAUUUUGGGUCAGGAGACAGUGCUUGAGAUAGGAUCACUGUGUCACCACAGCCAGUGCGUAGUUGCAGCAAUAGGCCUGCUUGACCAGCGUUGGGGGCCUUAGCAGAGUGUUGGUUACGUUCUGACUGGGGAAUCUCCUUGUCUUCUGAGCUCAAUAUUACAGCACAGCCCCAUAGUAUCCAAGUGCUGAGUCAUUCAGCUAUUCAUCCCUGCGUCUCCUAGCCUGUGUCCUGCAGCCCCUCUGGCCUGGAAGCUGCUGACGGACUGGCCAGGCGAGAGUGCCCCUAGGACGGGGUUGUCUGGGCUGAUGGACUCCUGCAGUUACAUGAAUCGGGAGGCUGUUACAAGAACUGGACAGUAGAAAGCCAUCCCUUUCCCCACGAGCUGUCCCCAUCUGGGGACCCCACGCCCUGUGGAGUAAAGAGCAGGUGCAGACUCUGGCUGAGGGAUGCAGGCGCAGUGGAACGUACCAUUACAAGCAGGGUGGAGAGCAGGGUUGCUGGGACAAAUUCCUCGCUGGUGUAACCGCACUGGGCUGUCACUGAGCUGAACAUGGCCGGUCGUGUGUGCAGGGGUGGGUGGCAAAGGCUCCUUUUCUGAAUAAGCAGCUUCCUGACUGGCUAAAGUGCUGUUUAUUCAAGUUUUGUGGCUGUGUAACAGGGAGGGCCAGCACUCACCCCGUCCCCACCCCCAGUCCAGCACAGCAGCGAUUACAAGCUCUGCCUCAUCCUGCUAACGAGUGUCUGGGGGCUGCCUGCAGCGGGUGGGGAGCAGGGCACCAGGGAGGGGAUUUCAUCCUGGAGUUCCAAACUGUGCUUUAUGUCUUCAGUGCCCAGCCCUUAGCCUCAGGUAGGCCCCUGCACGCUGCCCUGCUACGCCCAGGCAAGCCAGUGACCAUCCAGAGCAGCUCCAUUCCAACCGCUUCAGCGACCCCGGGUCACACCACAGAGGGGGGAGCAGAGUCUGGCCCUGACACUGACGUUUCAGCAGGGAAGUUUGUGACUCCAUCGAGCUCUGGCCCCAUCUCUUGGCUCAGCCUCUGUCUCCAGGACGGUUUUCUCCCGCCUCCAGACCUGUCUCACUCUCUUUGGAAGGUUUCCAGCUCCAGCUUCCCUUGCUUUUCUGCAUCACGACAUUCCCCGUUCAGCAGUCAGGUGCUUUCUCAUCCUGGGGCCAGGCCCUCCUGUUUCUUUAGCCAGCAGGACUGCAGUUAAUGACUUGCUGAAAGAUUCUGUAUCUUACAUGAAGGCGGGUGAACCCUUUGCCAUUGAAGUUGGACAGGAUGGCCCUCAUCUCAUAGCAGCUUGUUCUGCUAGCCCCCCUAAAUGUCCCCUUUCAGCCAUUCCUUGCUGGCAGUGCUACAACUGGCCCAGCGGCCGAGUGUUUUUGAAAUCUAGGGAACAAAGCAAUUGGGGAUGCAGUCCCCCAUUCGGAGAGUCAAUCAAGAAGCACAGUCUCCUGAACCCACGUACUGGAUUUCUCCAUAUAAUGCCUGGGAUGUGUGGCGAUGGCAGAAUGAGCAGGAAUAAACAGGGCUGAGAUGUGCCCCAGGAAAUGGAGUAAGGGGCAAGAUCUAACCAUCAAAGGACUUUUUUUCUCACCAUCUCUAACUGCGACAUCUCACCAGCUGCUCUGUGUGUGCUCUCGGGAAUGCUUCCCCUGGGAUGGAGCUGGGGAAACCUUUGGCAGUAGCCUAGCACCAAAUACAGCCACUCAUCUGAACACUUUCUUAGCGGAAUCAGUCCCUUUGGACCAUUUUCUCUGUUUAUUCUAUUCUAUUCAGGUUCUUUUACACUGUGCCCAUCUGCGCUAUAUUGUAGCCUUUCCACUGCACCUCUCCUGGCUCACUUAUGUUUUUAUUUAGUGUCCCCUCCAUUUUUGGACACUGAAGUCAAAGCUAAGCACGUGACCCUGAUGGAUGACUAUAGGACUAGGUGGUCCAAAGACCCGGUCCAGGGCGACAGCACUUCUGCACAUCAUGCUGUUCAAGCCAUUGCAGAAUGUCUAGCCUCCAGAGAGACUAUGAGAAGAAAGGGAUUUCCUUCUGCUCUCUGGUUCUUCUGUGUGUGCAUCUGAAUUAGAGGCCAUAGUGCAAAUGUUCCACAGGUACCUCGCAUGCCAGCCAUGGGCAUAAAGGCUGCCCUGGGGUUCCUGAGCUGGUGAGUAGGGUUUCUACUCCACUCCCCAUUUGCCUGCUUCCUCUGGCUGGGAGUAAUUAGACCUGCGCCAUAACCUACAGCCCAACGGUGAGACGUCCCAGCUCCACUGCUUGGUGAGAUUCACCCUGGCCACCCAGCAGUGUGUUGCUUCAAGCCCCGGUGUUAGCUUCUGUCAGAUGGCAGCAUGUUCAUGUGUCAGUUAAUAGAGCUUUCCCACCCAGGGAAGUGAGAACUGCUGACGCUACAAGACAGCGAGUCCCUUUGACCUUGGGUGCAUCUCCCUCCCCACUUAGUUAGCAGUGGAAGGUAAAACCAGACGGUGCUUUAUUCUUGCUGCCACGUUGGCUUACUUCAGCUCUACUGUCCUUUUCUAUUCCCCGAGCACUGGACCUUCCCCAGGCUCCAGUAGAGGCCAGGCUUAAAUGACACUGCUAUGUGCUCCCUGUUCUGUAGGUCCCUGUCAACACAGGUCAUAUUAUUGGCGAAUAACGGCCCUUUGUAACAAGUGGGUUCCGAUAUAUUUUCCAUUCCAGGUGCUUGUUUCUUGUUUAGAGUGGACUUUUGUACCCAGAGAAAUGUGGCUUCUGAAGUUUGGCGCUUUACAGGCCUUGUGCGCUGCUGCUGCGUACCUUCUUGGCAGACUUUUGUGACUAUAAGCAGGUCAUUUUCUGGAAGCUUAUUAGAUGCAGAUGAGCAUGUUUGUUUCUGCAUUUCGACAUGUUAAUGCGUUUUCCUCUCCAUGUCUGUGGUUCAGUUUCACUUUGUAUUUUGUGGAUUUAAAGAGCUGGGGAAUAUGGUUUGGGCGUUAAAAGAUGUUUUAUUUUCAGAAAAUGAGAAGUGUCCUUAAGUGUCUCUCUCCCCUGCUUCACCCUCUCCAUUCCAUCUAUGGCAGGAGAUUGUUAGCAAUGUUCUUGUCAGGAUCAAACCACUGUAAUAAAUUUUGCAAUUCACUUAAAAA